GUUCCGUCACUGGCUAACACAAAAACAAACCAAAGAUAACUUAUGACAUCAGGUCACACGAAUUUCAAUUCCUGGAUGGCGGUCCAGAGUAAAUCCCACUUCCAAGCCGGAAUUCUAAAAAGGGGGCUGACUGCCCAAAAAGGACGACAACACCGGAAUGAGGAAAUUGACGAGGGCAAGUCAUGUGCAAAACAAAGUUGUUCAUUGCUGAUAACCAUACAACCUGAUGAGCCGCAGGUCACUCCACUCAAGUCUCCCAGAGGUGCUCCGCUUCUCUGUCUCUCCCCGAGACCGCGCAAAGACAGCAGCCCUCCACAAGCAGCUCUCCCCGACCGCAUCCAGGGAUGUCUUUUCUCCUCAUCACUGUGCUGUCUUCACUUCUAGUGCAAGAUGCUGAGGCGUGGGGCGCCAAUGUCAAGUACGCGGUGAACUGCCCGGACAGAUGCAACGCGGAGCGGUGCGGCGUGACGCAGCGGUGCACACGGACGGUCCUGGAUGACUGCGGCUGUUGCCAGGUCUGUGCAGCUGGCAGGGGGGAGCACUGCUACCGCACAGUGUCGGGCAUGCACGGGGUGAAGUGCGGACCGGGAUUAUUCUGCGAGUUCUACAAGGAUGAGGACGAUUAUGGAGACGAAUACGGGAUCUGCAAAGACUGCCUGUAUGGAACGUAUGGGGUCGAGUGCCGCAAGACAUGCAACUGCAAAGGUGGCAUAUGUGACCGGGAGACAGGAGCUUGUCUCACCCUGAAAUUCUUUGCCAAAAUUGCCAGCAAACUCAAGAACGAGCCACAAGCAGGGGGAGAAGUGGGCUCAGGAGAGGUCAGCACUGUCCAGAGCACAGAUCAGCACACGGACAGAUCCACGGCUCCAAAGCGGCUCAACCCUCGCUGACAAGUGCUGACAAGGCUGAAUCAUUUCAGUGUAAAUGUAGCAUUAACUUAUAAAUUAUCUGAAAGAUAUAUUUUAUUAUGUUAAAUGAUGAAAAAACUUUUUUACAGCAGUUUGAGGUUUUAUUUGGGCCUUCACUGCCGACAUCAUCCUUCUUUUUCAAAGGAAAUGUGCAGACUGUGUUAUUCAAUUCAAAUUCUCCCUCCCUUUCUCUCUUGAUUUUUUUUCCAGAGUAAAUUAUUUAAACCAACCCUGUAGUCUGUUUCCAUUAGCUUCGGUGCAGACCUGAUUCUCUCUUUUCCUGUGCCUUCAUAUAUUAUUGUUGAGAGUUAAUAUCACAAGAAAGGAACUUGCUUUUAUUUUCAAACUGGAUACAGCAAUAUUUUUACAUUGUUUCAUUUUUGUCUGCUAAAAGUUUUCCAUACUGAUAGUUUAUUUGUACUGUAUAGAUGAAAAUCAGACCUGCAAAGUAACAUGUGUAUUACACCAGCCAAUGUAAAGAAUGCUCUUACAAUUAAACCAAAGUUAUCACAGA